UAUGGGAGGAUCUAAAUCAAUAAAGAAACAUACAAAAGUGGCAUUCACAGAUUAAGAACUUGAAAUACUUGAAGUAUACUUUGAAUUAUUGAAAUGUCAUGAUUCUAUGUGAUUAAAAAUAUCCUAAUUACAUAGAAACGGAUUUCUUACUUAGAAAUCAAUGAUUCCAGAAUUCCCAGAGAAUCCAGACUUUUCAAUUAAAUUUUAUAAUUGGAUGAGAGAAAGAUGUUAAAAUUAAUAAAUAGAUUAUACUAAUUUUGUCAUCACAUGUAAAAACUUUUAUUAAUACUUCAGUGGAACUCUUACUUAAAGAUUAAUAAGAAAAUUACUUAAGUGACUAUAAUUUUAGAGUCUUAGAAAAAUUUGAAUUAUUUGCAUUGAUUAGUUUAGGUUGUCUUGAAAAUUAAAAAGAAUCAAUCAAUAGGUUUAUAACAAUUUCUAAUUUAGAUUUUCUGUAAGUUAUUCAUAGCACAGUUAUUGAAGAACUUUUAAAUAUGUAUCAUUAUAAUAAAGAAAUCAAAAACAGUUAAAGAAACGAUUCAGCAGCAAGAAGUGUAGCAAAUUCUAUUUUUGAACAAAAAUCAGCAAUCCCAUUUAAUCAAUUUAUUGGAUAAGCAAAAUAAUAAUUGAUUUAUGCAAAUAAAAUGUGUAAGUAAUACUUUACUAAGAAAUUUAUUAAUCCUUAUUUAAAAUAUGGAAUUCCAAAAUUAUCUUCUUCUAGUUUUAUUUUAAAUCAUCAAGUACUUGCCUUAUUACAAAUGAGCUCUCCUGAUUUCAAUAAGAUUAAUUAAUUAGAUUUGAAAUUCUCCUCCUCAGUCAUAAAUGAUGAUUUAGAAUAUAUUACUGAAAUUAUCAUUGAUUCUUAGUAGCCAUUGUUAUUUUUGUUUAGAAAUAGAGAAGAUGAAACAUAAAAUGAUACAUUUUAAUAAUAAGUAUUUGGAGCUUAUAUUAGUAUUGAUGAAACUAUUGAAACUCAUUUUAUUAGAAAAAGAUAAAAGGAUCCCAUGGGUAAAGAAUUAUUAAAUAAUAUAGGAAUUUUAUAUAAUCCUAAUGAUUAAAUAUCUCUUUAUUUUGGAGAUGAAAAAAGUUUUCUUUUUUCUUUGUUACCAAUAUAUCAAUUAUUUAUGAGUACAUUUGAUGCUAAUUCUAAAUAAUGUUUUGGCUAUAUUAACAAUAGAUCAUUUAAUCUUUAAGUUUAAUAACCUUAUGGACUAGGAUUUGGUGGAAAUGGUAAUGGUAAUUUUAGAAUAUGGAUUGAUGAAAACAUUAAAAGAAAUGCAAAAAACAGAAUAAAUAAUUAAUGUGAUAAAACAUAUGAAAUGGGAUACUUAUUUGAGCCUUAUAUAGAAUUUCUUAAUGUAUUUAUUCAAAAUUAUAUUUAGUUGACAUCUAUUGAAAUUUGGGGAGUUAAUUAUGGCAAUAAAAUAUAAAUAAAAUGA